GGUGCCCGGCACUGACGUCCACCGGCCAUAGCCCUGCACCUGCCUUGGUCCGACAGGGCUUCCAGAUGCUCUGCGGGCUCCGGGGCGGGAUUCCUGGCACACCCGGGCCAGUCGGGCACCUGACUGACACGGCCCCUCCACCAGGUGGCGGCAGAGGCCGGAGAGCGGCAAGCCACGCCUCCUCAAGGACCCGCCCAUAGCGCCUCGCCCCACCCCCGAGCGGCUGACGGGACUGAUGCUGGGACUGGCCGCGCCGCUCCAGCCGGGCGCGGUGGUCCCGACCCGAAGCGCAGGGAGUCGUCGCUGGAGAGGGGCUCGGCGCCCGGUGGGGACUGCAGGCGAUGACUCAGGAUGCAGCCGGGGGCCACGACGUGCACGGAGGACCGUAUCCAGCACGCCCUGGACCGCUGCUUGCAUGGACUCAGCCUCGGCCGCCGCUCCACCUCCUGGUCAGCUGGGCUGUGUCUGAAUUGUUGGAGCCUCCAGGAGCUGGUGAGCAGGGACCCCGGCCACUUCCUUAUCCUGCUGGAGCAGAUCCUGCAAAAAACCCGAGAGGUCCAAGAGAAGGGCACCUAUGACCUCCUGGCACCACUGGCCCUGCUGUUCUACUCCACCGUCCUCUGUACACCACACUUCCCACCAGACUCGGACCUCCUCCUGAAGGCAGCCAGAACCUACCACCGGUUCCUGACCUGGCCCAUUCCCUACUGCAGCAUCUGCCAGGAGCUGCUCACCUUCAUCGACGCUGAACUCAAGGCCCCAGGAAUCUCCUACCAGCGACUGGUGAGAGCUGAGCAGGGUCUGCCCGUCAGGAGCCGCCGCAGUUCCACCGUUACUGUGCUGCUGCUGAACCCCGUGGAGGUGCAGGCCGAGUUCCUCGCCGUAGCCAACAAGCUAAGUGCACCUGGGCACUCGCCCCACAGCACCUACACUACCCUGCUCCUGCAUGCCUUCCAGGCCACCUUCGGGGCCCACUGCGACCUCCCGGGCCUGCACUGCAGCCUGCAGUCCAAGACCUUAGCCGAGCUUGAAGACAUCUUCACGGAGACCGCAGAGGCGCAGGAGCUGGCAUCUGGCAUCGGGGACGCAGCUGAGGCGCGGCAAUGGCUCAGGACCAAGCUGCAGGCGGUGGGAGAAAAAGCCGGCUUCCCUGCCGUCUUGGACACUCCCAGAGCCGGCAAGCUCCACACCAUCCCACUCCCUGUCGCCAGGUGCUACACCUACAGCUGGAACCAGGACAGCUUUGACAUCCUGCAGGAAAUCCUGCUUAAGGAGCAGGAGCUGCUCCAACCAGGGAUCCUGGGGGACGAUGAAGAGGAAGAAGAGGAAGACGAGGAGGAGGAGGAAGACGAGGAGGACUCGGACGGGCAUUCUGCCGAGAGGGACUCUCUGCUGUCCACUGGCUCUUUGGCCUCCCGCGACUCCACCCUGUCCCUUGCCUCCUGCCAGGCCUCAGGGCCAGCCCUCUCCCAGCACCUGCUGACUUCCUUCGUGGCCGGCCUCUCGGACGGCAUGGACAGCGGCUACGUGGAAGACAGUGAGGAGAGCGCCUCUGAGUGGCCCAAGAGGCCCGGCCGCCAGGAGCGCCGGGGCCACCGCAGGCCCGGGCAGAAGUUUAACAGAAUCUACAAACUCUUCAAGAGCACUAGCCAGCUGGUGUUGCGGAAGGACUCCCGGGGCCUGGAGGGCAGCCCGGAUUCGGCCCUGCCCCUGCGGCGGGCAGGGAGCCUCUGCAGCCCCCUGGACAGCCCAGCCUCACCCCCGUCCCGGGCCCAGCGCUCCCGCUCCCUGCCCCAGCCCAGGCUCGGCACCCAGCUCCCCAGCUGGCUGCUCACCCCCGCCACACGCCCCCAGCGCCGCCGCCCCUUCCUGAGUGGGGAUGAGGACCCCAAAGCUUCCACGCUCCGUGUCGUGGUCUUCGGCUCUGAUCGGAUUUCAGGGAAGGUGGCUCGGGCUUACAGCAACCUCCGGACGCUGGAGAGCAGCCGCCCACUCCUCACGCGCUUCUUCAAGCUCCAGUUCUUCUACGUGCCUGUGAAGCGAACCGGAACCGGCUCCAGCACCUGUCUGGCCCCUCGAAGCCAGACGCCCCCACUCCCCACAGACUCCCCGAGGCACCCCAGCCCUGUAGAGCUGGGCUCGGCCCCGUGGGAGGAGAGCACCAAUGACAUCUCCCACUACCUCGGCAUGCUCGACCCCUGGUAUGAGCGCAACGUGCUAGGCCUCAUGCACCUGCCCCCGGAAGUCCUAUGCCAGCAGUCCCUGAAGGCUGAAACCCGGCCCCUGGAGGGCUCCCCAGCCCCGCUGCCCAUCCUGGCUGAUAUGCUGCUCUACUACUGCCGCUUUGCCGCCCGGCCGGUGCUGCUGCAGGUCUAUCAGACAGAGCUGACCUUCAUCACGGGGGAGAAGACCACGGAGAUCUUUAUCCAGUCCCUGGAGCUAGGUCACUCUGCUGCCACGCGGGCCAUCAAGGCUUCUGGCCCCGGAAGCAAGCGGCUGGGCAUUGAUGACGACCGGGAGGCCAUCCCUCUAACACUACAGAUUAUUUACAGCAAGGGCGCCAUCAGUGGGCGAAGUCGCUGGAGCAACCUGGAGAAGGUCUGUACCUCUGUCAACCUCAACAAGGCUUGCCGGCAGCAGGAGGAGCUGGACUCCAGCAUGGAGGCCCUGACGCUACACCUGACGGAAGUGGUGAAAAGGCAGAACCCCAAAUCCAAGAAGAGCUUUAAUCAGAUUAGCACAUCCCAGAUCAAAGUGGACAAGGUGCAGAUCAUCGGCUCCAGCAGCUGCCCCUUCGCCGUGUGUCUGGACCAGGACGAGAGGAAGAUCCUGCAGAGCGUGGUCAGGUGUGAGGUCUCUCCCUGCUACAAGCCGGAGAAGAGCAGCCUCAGCCCACCGGCCCAGACGCCCCCCGACCUGCCAGCCCGGGCGGCCCCUGACCUCUGCUCCCUCCUCUGCCUGCCCAUCAUGACCUUCAGCGGGGCCCUGCCCUAGCCCGGCCCUGGCUGCACGCUGGAUGGGAGCUCAGAGGCAGCUUCUGCUGUUCACCCACUCUGAGGAGCCCUGUGCUGGGGCGGGCUCCUCCUGUGCGCCCUACCUCAGGCAGGGGGCAGGGGCUGGAUGGUUUCUGGGGCCUCCAGGAUCUGGGAAAGAAACAGGCCUUAGGGACAGAGAGGCCUGGCCACGUAGCCAUUCAGAUAAAAGGAGUGGCCGAGCUGGUCUGGACCCCUUCCCAGUACGGAGACUGGAAGCUGCAGGCUCUGGGCUGGGCUGGGCCCACCUUACUUUGUUCAACACACGUGGGGAUCCCUUUGUGUCUGGCACUCAGUCCUCCCUAUCCUGGGGUUCCCAUGGUAGAGACCUGGGCCGGACGCUUCCUUCCUGACCUGUAGUCCCAUCCCCUGCACGCCGGGCAGCAGCACGCGCGCUCGGCCUGCUGGCUGUGAGGACCUGGUGCGGACCCCCUCUGGAGCCCCUAUCUGGGUCUCAGAUCCUGGGGACAUGGCACUGGCCGCUCAGCGAGCUUCUGGCUAAAUGCCCAGAGGACAGCUGUGACCUUCGCUGAGCGUCUGGAAGGGAAGACCUCCUCCGAGGGUGGCAAAGAAGUGGUCUGCAGAACGCCUGGCCCGGGGGAGGGGCUCGGGAGAGGUCAGCACCUCGCUGUCUGUCUCAGGCCAUGGGGGUUCUCUCACUGUCCCCGGCUGCUCCUCGGUCACUCAUUCUCCAAGCCACGCUUGGGGCACUAAGAGGCUGUCCAGGGGGUCUUCCAAGGGAGGCCUUGCCUUGGUCAAGGUCAGAGGAGUGUGGCUCCGGCGCCCCACCCUCCACGGCCUGCCCUGUCUCCACCUCUGGGCUGUGUCCCCGCGUGUACACUCCUGCAUCCCUACAUGUUCAAUGGUGCCGUCUGGACCAGUGGAGUGGAGGACGGGGUGACUGGGCUCAUAGACUUAAUGCUUGACCUGGAGGUGGGUGCGGGGGAGGACAUGGGACCUGGGCAUGGAAGAAGUGGGCAGAGCCACUGUGUGGCCCCCCCACCAUGCUCCUGUCCCAGCUCCAGGCUCCAGAAGAGAGGCUGACCAUGGGCCUUCAGUGCCUUUUACUGUGUGAGUGGUUGUCCUACGGUGAUCAGUAGAUGGACCUAAUGUAUGGAAUGCAUGAUUGUCAAAUAAAUUUUGAUUUGUUCUGUA